AUGUCCGAUAACAAUCCCCAUCACCCUGGCGUGCGCAGCUUGUUAGCCAAGUUUGAAGGUCAAAGCCCCAUCGCCUCCCCGCCUCUCCGUGGCCGAUCCCCAACUUCCUCAGACUCGUCAGCAACAGUUCGGCAGCUGUCCAAGGUCCGGGCUAGCUUUAUCACUGUGGAGGGGGUCAUUCAGUCGAAUCCUUCUUCGCCGUUGAGGAAAACAAAUGCGCGCAGCGACAGUCCUGGAAUGUUUGGACCGAAAAUCAACUCGGCGGAUGCGGAGUCGGGACAGCAGGGCAUGAUCUCCCCCACCGCACUCAGUCGCCUGAACCACACAGAGAACGCGACUCUGGAACAGAUAAUGGCUGAGAGUCGACCGGCGGAGUCUAUUGAAACCAAGCGUGAACGGAAUCGGACUGCCAAGGAGGAACCCGCGGCGCGCACCGAGACUGAAGUUCGGUCGCGAACCAGCCCGCGAAAGCAGACAGGGGGGUCAACCUCCGCAGGUUCCAAGUCACCAAGCUCCGAUACUCCGUCGCAAAAGUCAGAUUCAUCAGUAGUGAUUAAGAGGAAGCCUUCUUCCGUUGGGUCUGCCCGCAAUGCAGCCAGAAAGUCCGUGUCAACUACUGCAGCUUCAACUGGUGCGAAGGCUGCUUCUCACCAUGCAAGCCCCAAGCCCACAGCUCGGGAAGUGGCUAAAGAGCGCGCCAACUCUCUCGCCCACAAGCCCAGUCGUGUCUCACUGAAUCCCAAGCCAACAACAGCACGGUCAACCCGCGGCUCAGCACCGGCACAAGAUACUUCAAAGCCUCAUGCCGCAGGUGUAUCCAGCAAGCCAGUAUCCAAAUCCCCAUCGAAACCUGCGCGUGUACCCGGCUCGAUGAAUACGUCAACACGCGCGUCCACCGCUAAGCCAGGAAGCACAGCGGCUCCGAGCGCUCGCACUACUACCAGUGCAUCAACCCUCACAAGAAAACCUUCAACUCUCAAAGGCGCAGCUAAGGUUCAGUCGCGUGCCACUACUCCUAGUGCCAGCGUUCACAGACAAACUUCUCGCCCUUCGUUGUCCGCUCAAGCAGCUAGUGAUACAAGCCCCAAACAUGUCAAUGAGGGUUUCCUUGCGAGAAUGAUGCGGCCUACUGCUAGCUCUGCGAACAAGACCCAUCCCCAGGAAAAGACCGAUGCAAAGCCUAUCGCCAGGACAACCUCUGUUUCCAGGUCCCCCAAGGCGUCGUCUGGGAGGGUGCCAGAUCGUGGCGUCCACCAAGUGAAGCCUAAGACCACCGCCCUUCGAUCUCAGAGUCAGAAAUCCCAGGCUCUGAACAAGGAGACUGCGCCACCGAAAGAUGGACAGAAACCUUCUCAAAAGAAACAGGAGAUUGAGAAAGAGAACAUUGUGGAACCUGAAACCGUGAACCUCGCUGCGAUUGCGGCUGUGGAGACUGCUUCCCCUGCUCAGGUUGAGGAGACAGUGACCGAGAGUUCCUCUCCCAUCCCAGUUGAAAAUGCUACUGAGGUGCCGGCCGAGGUCGAUGCUCCCGUUGAGGCCCAUAUUGAGCCCAUCGCUGAGGAUGCUGAGGAGGAUAAGGCUGCUGAAACCACCACUACAACCGAAGAGAUUGCAGCAGAGCCCGUGGCAAUCCCAACGGCUGAGGAUCAAGUGAAGAUCGGCGAGAAGCAAGAAUCCAUGAUUUCCGAGCCAGAGCUCCAAAUCGAGGCUCCCGAAAAAGAAGAUGAUGCGCCAGUGAAGGAAUUUACUGUCCCUGAAGCUUUAACGGAGGUCGCCGAGCUCAAGUCCACUGAUGAGCCUGCAACUGAGGCUGAAUCGAGCAAUGUCGCCAUCGAUAUUGCCAAUCUGGCAUUGAACUAG